UGUAGAAGCUCAUAUAAUAAUGUGUUAACACACAUCCUAAUAAUUAUGACCUGGAUUAAUUGUGCCCUGUUUUUGCUGUAUGGAUUUCUGUAUGCUAAUGCUUUGUUAUUCCAUGGAUCACAAACCAAUGCCACACCGUCCAUCUCUAGUGGACAGCCGGACUCUAGUGACCAUCAAAGACUUCUUCAUCUGGAAACCAUUCUGGAUUUGGUGAUAAAAGAGUUAAACUCAGUGAAUCAAGAAAAUCAACUCCUUCAACUUAAGCAGACAACCUUAGAGAGAGAAGUUCAGGCGAUAAAGCAAUGGAACCAAACUUUAGAGACAAAGCUACAAGCUGCUGAGACAAAGAUGACGUUCUUAGAGGAUUCCCUGAUGGCAGUAAUUAGUGAAAAUAAAGUGUUAAAAGACAGAGUGGACACUUAAAACUCUUCUUCCAAUUUAUCACAAUUCCAUGACAGCUUUAAAAAACAUCUGGAUAGUCUGAAUUUGACAUCUACUUUUUUACAGCAAGAAAACAUUAUUUUGAAAAAAGAGGUCAACAUUUUAAACUCCUCUUUUACACAGUUACAACUGUAUAUGUCUACUGGGGAAGAUAUGAAAAGAUUAGAGAACAUCUUAGCCUUUGAAAUUGAGCAGGCAGUCAGAGACAGUGAAGAAAAAAUGAUUAAGAACAUGUCUGCCACAGUCACAGACCUGGAACUCCGGGACCGAUAUUUAUCACUUUCUCUGUUGGAUGUACACAGCAACAUGACCAUGUUUAACCACACACUUUCUCAGCUAAAGAAACAGCAGGAAAGGCAAGAAGAGCAACAGAAUAUGACAAUACAUCAUUUAACACAUUCGCUGCAGAAAAAUACAGCAAAAUUAAGCAACAUUCUUUCCCAUCUUCAUACACGAGUUGCUUUCACAGCUGGGGUGGGGUACUUUGAUAAGCUGUCCUUUGCACCCUCAGAGACAAUCAUAUUCAAGCAAAUCAUAUACCAGGUGGGAGGGGGAUACAACCCCAUGACUGGGGUUUUUACUGCCCCAAAGGCUGGACUGUACCUCAUUUUUAGUACUGCAGUGUCUCAACGAUUUAACAGAAUCAGAACACAAUUUGUGAUCAAUGGUUCUGUUAAGACAGGAGCAAUGGCGCAGAUGGACAACACUGACUUUGAACAUUACCUGUCAACCUCCAAUCUUGUGGUCCACCCCUUACAGGUGGGGGACAGGGUCUGGAUACAGAUGUAUCAGGGGAAACUUAUUUACGCUGGUUAUGGAGAAACAUCAUUCUCUGUCAUCAUGAUUAAUGGAUCACAAUAAUCUGAGUGCACUGUAUGACUUAUUAAAUCUCAGACAUGCCUGCUAUGUUAAAUACAGUUUUACAAAUUUAAUAAAAAAUAUAUUUAGGUGAAAACAAAUGGGGAUUAACUUAAUUGUCUGUUAAUAAA